AUGCAGAAAAACUCACAGUUCAGAGUUAUCAUCGUUGGUGCUGGCGUUACAGGCCUCACGCUGGCUCAUUGCCUAGCCAAAGCUGGCAUCGACUGGGUCCUCUUGGACAAGGGCGUAGUGGCGCCGAGCUUCGGGACUACUAUCACCCUCCAGCCUCAUAAUUGCCGAAUUCUUCACCAGUUAGGUUGCCUAGACGCCGUACUGGCCAAGUGCGAUACCAUGGGCGGUGCGCAUUGCCGUGAUCCCACCGGUAAGAGCUUUGCCUCCAACGACUUCUUUGGUGUCGUACGAAAGUUCGCGGGUUAUGAUACUAGGACACUUGACCGUCAAGUAUUCCUGCGUGAGCUCUACGAGCUACUACCUGAUAAGUCUCAAAUCUAUGAAAAGGCUCGCGUCGAGGAGAUAAUCGAGGAGAAUUCGGUUGCCCACGUCAUCCUGGCUGAUGGUCGUGAGUUUGUUGGUGACGUAGUAGUUGGUUCUGAUGGCGUUCAUUCCAAAGUCCGCGAAAUCAUGUGGGACAAAGCCAAUGCUCUAUACCCGGGUAUGAUCACAGUUGAUGAGAAGAGAGCUAUGGUCACUCAAUACAAUGCCAUCGUAAUGGCAAGCUCGCCAGUCCCUGGCAUCGGUGCUCACGACAUGGAAAUCACCUUCAAUGACAAGUACUCCUUUCUCCUUCUCUGCCAGCCAGAAUGGAUAUCUAUCAUUGUGCACAGCAAGCUCCCUGAGAACCAGCAGUGUACAUGGCCCACGCGCCGACGUUAUACUGAAACCGAUAUGGAAGCGCUCGUGAGCAAGAUAUCUGAGCGUCCGGUCACGGAUACAGUCGUAUUUGGGGAAUUGUGGAAGCGACGUCUGAAGGCACAAAUGAUAUCCCUUGAAGAAGGGGUUCUGGAGCAUUGGACCUUCGGCCGAAUUGUCCUGGCUGGAGACGCUGUUCAUAAGGUGACCCCCAACUCGGCUCUUGGAGGCAACACAGCGAUGGAAGAUGCCGUCGUAAUCACGAACAUGCUGCAUGCUCUAUUGGCUAGACAUCCCAACAAAAAACCUAGUGACGUAGAGUUACAUGACGCCAUGCGCCAGGAGUACCAAGACACGCGAGUAGAACGUGCUCGGGCCAUAGUCAAAGCUGGAGGUGCCUUGACGAGGCAGCAAGCAUAUGACGGAUGGAAGGCAUAUAUCACACAACGAUGGCUGACGCCCAUCAUAGGACUUGAUACAUUAGCACAGAAGAUUGCAGGUUUAUGUGUCACAGCGCCUAAACUGAGCUUUGUCGAGUUUGAAGAGAAGAGAGGAAUUAUGGGAUGGCAAGACACGAUAGAGGCUGAGCAGAAGUAUGCAAUGAAAGUACUACCAUUGAUCUACCAUGAGCCUGUGGGAUCACGAGGUGGCCAUGUUGGGGGUUAA